GUGGGCAGGGGCGGACUGACCAUUUGGAAACUUGGGCAGUGCCCGAGGGCCCAGGGUCAGUAGGGGGCCCAUGAAAUGCCCCUGGUACCUUUUUCAUAGGCUUGUUUGAGUUUGGGCAAGGACACAGGGGCCCCAUGAUCCCCUAUUGCCCGGGGAGCCCCAUGAGUUGUCAGUCCGCCCCUGCCAGUGGGAAAGUAAUAGGCAAUCUUUCUAUGGUAAAACCUGUCCUGGAGACAACUGCUUAAAGAUGACCAUACACCAGUAGAAUUUGGUGCA